CUGCAAUGAAGGUCUUCUUUGCAUUCCUCCUUUGUUUGAGAUAUGGCUCGUCUCAAGCGGGCAAUGGAAGAAAAUUGCACCUUCAAAGUCUGAGUGGUGAGGACUGGGCGCUGAAUCAUGCCACCUUUUCCUGGGCUAAUUGUGGGAGUGAGAAGAACCCCGCAGUCCUUGAGGCUCUUUCAAUUCAACCGGAUCCAAUCACUCUUCCUGGGUACCUUCAAGCCAGUGCAACAGGUUCCUCCAAUGUUACCCUUGAAGCACCUUUAACGGUUAAUUUAUCGUUGUACAAGGAAGAAGCUGGAAUCUGGUUAAAAAUUCCAUGUGUGGCUGACAUUGGAAGCUGCGUUUACAAUGAUGUCUGUGCACUGCUGAAUAUGCUCAUCCCACCUGGACAAAGCUGCCCAGAGCCGUUGUUUACAUACGGACUCCCAUGUCACUGUCCUUUUAAAGCGGGUAAGUACUCUCUGCCAAGUACCAGCUUCAACAUCCCUUAUGUGGAAUUACCAUAUUGGAUGACCAACGGGAACUACAAGGCCAAGGCAGUGUUGACCAGCAACGAGGAGCAGCUGGCAUGUGUCAAAGUCUCCUUUGCUCUAAAAGCAGAAUGAUCAGAUCAAACGAGUAUCCUUCCAUUUCGUAAGCUGCAACUUCUUGGAAAGGCAGAUCAAGAAAUCAUCCACAAUGCUUUUUACCUCUAUCUGCCAAGUAUUGUGAGAGCAGUAAUGUCUGUUUAAUUUUUAUUCUUUUCUUCUGACAGCAACAGUUAUUCUGCAGCAGCGAAAACAUUAUUUCAGUUCUAAAUCUGUUGCUUCUAUUCUUUUUGCCAAAAUCAGUUUCAUUCAGCUUGUGAAAAGAGCAACGGUGAAAACAAUACAAAUCUGUCCCGGUCCCAGAGUAAAGUCACGUGAUGAGGAGUGUGACUUUUGUGCCCCAGAUGUUGGUUCAUUGAGUAGCUCUUGCACUAAUUAACAUAACGUUCCUCUUUUUUGGAGGGAAGGGAGAGGGUGGGUCUCCUCAUAAUUUACAAAUUCUGUAUAAAAUAGGAUAGGGAAAUCUCUCUUGCUCUCUCUCACACACAGACACACACACAGCUCAUAGAACAGUACAGCACAAUACAGGACCUUUGGCCCACAAUGCUGUGCCGACCUUUAAACCUCACCUAAGACUAUCUAACCUCCCACAUAUCCCUCUAUGUUAAAUUCCUCCAUAUGCUUAUCUAGUAAUCUCUUGAAUUUGACCAAUGUACCUGCCUCCACCACCGCCCCAGGCAGCGCAUUCCAUGUCCCAACCACCCUCUGGGUAAAAAACCUUCCUCUGCUAUCUCCCCUGAACUUCCCAGCCAUUACUUUAAAGCCAUCCCCUCUUGUAUUGAGCAUUGGUGCCCUGGGAAAGAGGUGCUGGCUGUCCACUCUAUCUAUUCCUCUUAAUAUCAUGUGAUGGAAAAUUUCUGGUCAACCGUGGCCUUUAUUCUGAUUUCUUCUUAACUGCAUGGGCACCCUGUGGAGCUAUAACCAGGAACACUGAUAAUUUCAAAUGACUGAAUAUAUUUGCAUUGCAAAAUGUUUAUGGAAAUUCUCUAUUUAUCAGAUGCAUUUGAAAUAAAUUUGUCAUUAUUGACAGCAUCUUGCCUUCCUCCAACACUCACUAUUCAUGCCUGUGGGUAAAAGUUUUGGGUUAAGUUCCAUAGGAAAGGACAGCAGGCAGGGUACAGAUGAGAUUUUUCUGAACUUGCAGCAUCCUUCUGAUGUUCAGCAUGACAGUGGUGCUGCUCCAAAUUUGAAUAGAGGCCUGGUAGCAAGAACCAGAAAGCUAGUCUCUCAGUGAAACAGUUUUCCAUAUAGUAGAGUCAUCAUAGAGUUUAUUUCACGGACAGAUUGAAACACCUUCCAUUCCGAUCAGUAUUUUUUUUGUGUGGCAAAGAACAACUGUUCAGAAACUAACCCAAUAGAAUGCAUUUACAGCCUGAAGUGAGUGCACUGCAUACCAACAGAGAUGGUCUCAAAAAUAAUUUUUGGCCUUCUGCAAAGUGUUAAUAAUUUUCUUUGCACUAACCCACCAGAUAAGUAAAGAGCUCCCUGCCAACUUUGCACCUGCUUUGUGCCAAGGUCAGAUCCCCAUUCUUUCUAUUAGGUGGGUGCACAAAGCCUGUGAACCACAAUGACUGCAGCGACCCACCUAGAAUUAUGCAAUACAGAGGCAGGGCCAUUUGCCCCACAAUAUAUGUGCUGGCCCUCCAAAACUGCCUUCCAAUUAGUCUCACUUUUCCUCUCUCAUCCCACUUGUGCAGUUUCUUUCUUCCUCCAAGUUAUGUAUCCAAAUCCCUUUUGGAAAUUACGACUGAACUUCAUCUUUCAAGGUCACUAUAAUUUGCGGCAUUAAAAAAAAUUCUCCACAUCUUGCUUCUGGUUCAUUUGUCAAUUUUUUUCCCCCUCUGACUAAUCUGCUAAUGAAGACCCUUAAUUAAAUUAUUACUUUUUAAAUUAAACAUGUUUGUUUACAUACUUACAAUAUUUACAUCAUUAUCAUUUCUGUCUUAACAAAAUGAGCAUCAAAUUAAAACAUAGCAACACUGCAUAGAACAGCAAGAACUGUUACACAAACUGCAAUACAAGUAAUUUGUCGGUGAAGGUAUGAAGCAUGUUGAAAUAAUUACAUGUAACUGAUUUACUUAUCUUUUCAAUGCAUUUCAUGGACUACAAUCAGCACUCCAGCAGAUUGGAAGCCUGCUUUUAAAGGUGUGAUUUUUUUGUUUUGUAUUUAUGGCAGAAUCUGACAAUUUCUAUUGGUGGGAAAGACAUUAGAUACAUGUAUUUUUUUUUGCUGCAAUCAGCAGACAUUAUGAUGCAUCUCUAAAAUUUAACUUUUCACAUACUGUAUGCAAAGAAAUGGUUUAAAAAAAUUCAAUAAUGAUUGCUUAAGCAGGUGCCCAAAUCUGGACCUGAAAUGAAACUUCUGAUUCUAAAAUUUCACAUUGGAUUUGUUGAAAUGCCAUUUAUUCUCUAAUAAAGGCUUCAUUUGCCAUUGUGAAAAU